UUGUGCUAAUAAGUAACUUUGUCAAAAGCCUGUUUUCACAGCUGCAGGCAAAUACUUUGAUCACUGAAAAAAGAAAAAGAAAAAAAAAACAUGGGGGCAAAAACACGCCUGUGCAAGUUUGCCUGUUGAAUAGGAAGUGAUGUGGAGCUUUGUACAGGUAUGGGUAAAAGACUCUGGAUUCACUGCAGUUCCUGUCACUAGUUAAAAUGAUUGGCUACUGUUAGUGACGCAGAAAAGGAUAUAGAAGGAUGGUAUAAAUUGUGGGGAAUAACCACUUGCAUCUGGAGAGCAGCUGAAGUGUGACGAAAACCGAAUCUCCAGUCUGACUGAAUCUGUACUUGGGCCGCAGCAUGACACAACAAGUGCAUAAAAGGUGUUUGCACUAUCAGGUACUUGGAUUGAUGAUGGUGUUAGCCGUUUUCUCUGGACUUGGAGACACUAAGGAGAAGUCAGAGGAUGUGCUCAUAUACAACACAACACACAGUAUUGGAAGUGGAGUGGAACCGCGAGUUUUGGCCAUUCAAAGGCCCUGCGGUCCAGAACACAAAGGAUUCUGUUUCAAUGGCGCCUGUACCUACUCCUCUGACCUGGACACCCCCAUCUGUCGGUGUGACAAAAUGUAUAGCGGUGUGCGCUGUGAACAUGUUAUUUUGAACACCCAACGUUUGUCUAGUCCUGAAGAAGUCAUUGGAAUUAGCUGUGGUGCAGUUUUAUUACUGGGAACUGUAAUUGCAGUGAUGUACUGCUGCUUAAAGAAAAGGUGUCGGAAGUCAUCACCACCCUACAAGAACUGUGGCUCUGAGAACUUAGUUUAAGUUAUCCGGCCAGAUAUAAUUUAUAUUCUUAAACAACUUGAAUUUAGGUCUAAGACAGGAAUGAGGACUAAACAUCCAGACUGACUCUACAAGCAAGACAGGCCAGACUGUGGAGCAGAGACACAACACUCUCUAGAGGAAAGAGCAAGAAUUGCAAAGAAACACUGUGACAUUUCACAAUCUCACAGAAUCAUUUUAUAUUUAUUACAAGUUUCUGCUACUUAGUCCUUACUACAACUUUGGCACUGUAAUGUGAAAAUUAUUUACUGUCACUGAUAAACUGCAUGUAGAAUAUCAGUCAGAUGGAAUUUUAUCCAUAAGCAAAUGUCAUAUGCUGCCUCUGUUAUGAAUGUAUUAUGUAAGUGCACAUAGGUAUUUAUUGCACAGCUAUAAACAUGGUAAUACUAAAUAUAAAACCUAAACUGUGCUAAUGUAUUUGUAUCAGAUAUUUAUUUAUUGACAAAUUUGUCUAAAAUUUGCACCUAAAAUAAAAAAAAGAAAAAACAUAAAAAUGUGUUUUGUUUUAAAUUAGUCAUGUCGUAUUAAUGCAAAGCCAUGAAAUUUAUGUUCUCAGUUUAAGCAAUAUUAAACAAUAACUGUCUAUA